GCAUGUGUUUACCACAGUGCAAUCUACGUUACUCACAAACUGAUCAACGAAUGACAAAAUACAAAUAGAUUGGCGAUUACAACAUUUUUAAUGAGAGAGCAGAAAAACAGCCACAUCACCAAUUAAGAUACUAAAAAUAAAACUACCAGAUAUCCAUUUAAUUUACAUAGCAGUCUUUUGAAAUCUAUGAAUUUUGCCUUGGCCUGAGUAAAAUGUCAUUGACGCAAAUCUUGUCGCUGUAAUUCGUCGAAAAUUAUGUGGUUGACAAUUCUCUUACCAGGGGCUGCUUAGCUAUUCUAUUGAAUGUAUUGUUCGGACGUUAUGAGUUUUCAUUCAAACGUGAACAAUUAUUACCGACAAAACAUAAUUGAAAACUUGUUAAUUACCUUAUUGUACCUGCAGUCGUCUUUAAUUACGCAAUUUUGAUAUGAAAUUCUCGCUGAACUUUACCUAAAAGAUAUGAGAUCCCACUACAGACCAUUAAAAGAAUUUUUUAAAAGUGGAUUCAAGUUAUACAAUGAGAUUUAGGAGUCAUAGACACGCUGAGAUGUAAACUGUUCGCUUGACAAACCUUGGAAGUAGCGCGCAUUUCGUCUGCAACUGGUGGACGUAAUUAAUGUACCAUGUCUCAAGGGUACCAACACAUUAAUUGUUUUCGUACCAACUGCCAUGUUUCUUUUAUUUGAGAGCCCUGUACGUGAUGGAGUAAGAAAGAUAAGCAUGUCACAAAUGUUUUUGGUUUUAAAAAAAUCUUAGUCGAUGAUAAAGAUUCAUCUAACUUAAAGGCAACUUAAUUGGUAAGUUUUGUAGCCAACACGCUUCUUAGCCUCUCACAGAAAUCGGCAGAACUCGACUAAUCCGAAAUAUUUGAGUAUUUACGCUUAUGGCUUCAUUUAUUGAUGAAAAUUGUAAUAACUGGGUUAGUUACACUAAAUCAGUGAUUACGCCAUAAGCGCCUAAGCGAAGUUCGACUAAAUCUCAUUGAAAAGGCGUAUUAGCGCGCGUACUUCCGGCAGCCCGCGUAGGGCAAUAAUUACAAAGGUAUCACCACAGGAAUGACGUCAACAACAACGUAAAACAAUAGUUCAAAAUAACUGAACAAUAACUUCAUUUGAGAUUUAAUAUCGAAGCGUUACGGACCUCCAACAUUUUGAGCAAUACACAACUGCUUUUGAGAGGAGUUGCACACACUGAAGACACAGAACUCAAAUAUGGAUAGAACCAUGGAUAGCUUGACAAUUCCACCGAACUUCCAAAGUACAACAAAGCCUAGAGCAACCACUGGGAACAACAAUGGAAACUUAAAAAGUAUUCGCUCCGUCGUACUGGGAAAGGAUGGAGUAGGAAAAUCAGCCUUCACAGUCAGACUUCUCACAAAGCGAUACAUUGGAGAAUACGACAGCACUUUAGAAGAAACAUACCGUCAUCGCGUUGAAGUGGACGGACAAAAAAUCCUUUUAGAAAUCUUGGACACUGCGGGACAAAACUCUGUGGAAAAGAUCGAUGCAUGUUCCUCGGCAGAUGUAUAUUUCGUUCUUUAUUCAACGACAGAUCGUUCGUCGUUCAGAGAAGCAGCUCUAAUCACCAAGUACCUCCUUGAGACAAGAAACGUCAAUCGGGCCGCGAUAUUUCUAAUAGCUACCAAAAAGGAUCUUAAAUACGAACAGGAUGUGACAGAAUACGAAGGAAGAUUAUUAGCAAUGGAGCUCGGAUGUGAGUUUUACACCAUUUCAAGCUACGAAGGGUUUGAUGGUACGCAAGAUGUUCUACGCGGUUCGCUUCGAUUCUCUCUAAAUAAUAAGGGAAAUGGUUCAAAAUCUCCACUUAUGACGCGGAUGAGAAAAGGACUAAAACACAGGUCGCACACAAGUAGUCCCACUCCACAAGUGAUUGAAAACAGGGACAGGACUUCGACUCUUUGAUUUAUCACGUCACCAAGAACUGCGCUGUGCUAGGUGAAGAAAAUAGUUUUACGUGACAACAUCUGGGCUAAUUCACCUCAAGGGAAAGAAAACGUUUCAGAACAAUUUUAAAUAAAAUCUCCCUCGACUCAAAUCAUUUGUAAUGAUUGCAAAUUUGUGAACACGUGGUAGAGCAAGUUUAUACUAUGAAAUUGUUCAAGUUAGAGUCUUUCCGUUUAUUUAAAACAUAGGAGAACUCUUAAGUUUAUCAGUAAUUGUUGAAACACCAGAAACUCUUGUAAAUAGGAAUCCAAAAAAGGCUAAAAAUAUUUUGUCUAUAGCCCCAACAGUGUACCUUGCCCUCUCCAUUGUUCGUCAUAUUUAAAAUCAAUAUCAAGCUGGACUGAUAAAUUACGAAUAACAAGGUCUGGAUACGUAUGUUUCUAUCGAGAGCAGGAGAUGGAACAAGAGGUUUUCAUUUCCAUUGAACAUCAAUGAAAGGAAAUUAAAAGAAACUCCAAAUAU